UCCGGCGGGCGGAGGUCAAAGGCUGGGAGCCGCUUCCGGCUUCUGCCCCGGGGGAUGGACGAGGACGGGCUACCCCUGGUGGGCUCCGGUAUCGACCUCACCAAGGUUCCAGCUAUUCAGCAGAAAAGAACUGUGGCAUUUCUAAACCAGUUUGUGGUUCACACAGUACAGUUUCUUAACCGGUUUUCUACUGUUUGUGAAGAGAAACUGUCAGCGCUCUCCCUCCGUAUUCAACAGAUUGAAACAACGCUUAAUAUUUUGGAUGCAAAGUUAUCUUCUAUUCCUGGCCUAGAAGAUGUCAAAUUUGAAGUAUCCAGUGCAAAUGUAAAUAGUGUUACAAAUGGUCCAGUUCUACAAGCUACUACAGAACAACAAUCAACAUCUGUAUCUCCUCAAUCAGAACAAAACAGUAUACAUGAGACAGGAUUACAGAAAACGGAAGCAGCAGAGGAAAAUGUCAUCACUGUAGCAAAGGAUCCAAGAUAUGCCAGAUAUCUCAAAAUGGUUCAAGUGGGUGUUCCUGUUAUGGCAAUAAGAAACAAGAUGAUUUCUGAGGGGUUAGACCCAGAUCUACUUGAGACCCCAAAUGCUGCUGUUCCUGCUUGGGGAGAUGAUGUAAAUGCAGAAGAAAGUUCUGAUAGUGAAUCUUCCUUCAGUGACUGAAGAAAUAUUUCAGCCUUUAGAAACUUCUGAUAGAUGCUGAUGUCUGCAGUUGUAUCACAAUUGCAGAUUUGUUACUCAUGGAGUGUAGAAAUAUUUGUAUACCAAAUAGCUUUCUUCUGUUAGUUUGUUUUUUAUGGAAGUCCUCCACAUUUUCUUUCCAAAAAUUUUAAUGGGCAACAUGACUGUCAAUUAAUUUUACCAUAAAUAUAGAUUAUAAAUUCAGCUUGUGUGAUAACAUGUUAUCUCAGAUUCUUCCAUCUUGCAGAAGUAAAAUAUAUGCUAUUCAUAUACAGGUUUCAUGCAAUUAAUAAGGUCUUUAAAAAGAUGUUUGUCUGAUAUUACUACAUUUGUAUAUAAUCAUGUUUUAUUUUUAAUGUCUUUAUGUUCCCCAGCUUGCCAUUUAAGUAAUUUUCUAAAAUGGAAUACUUUAAUCUUGGACUGCUCCACUGUGAAGUCUCCUAAAGUAUGGAUUAAUAUGUAUAUGAUACAGCAAGUAUAGCAAGGAAGAGUGAACUAAUUAUGGUGAUCAUGAACAUUUGGAGUUCUGUUUCUAGCAAACUGAUCUAAAAGUCCAAGAGGUAUUAGAAAUUAUAUCUUCUAUUUUCAAAAUGUAAACUACUGUUCCAACUACAAGCUAAACCAGAGAAUUUCCUGCUCUAAAAAAACAACUAUAUAUACAGAUUAGUUUUAUGUAUGAAGAUUCCAUGGUUGUUCUGAAAAUGGUACUGUAAAAUAAUUAGUGACCAGAAGACUCUUCUUCUGAAAUGCCAGAACCUUUCACUGUUGGUUCACUGUGACACAGGUGGAUAGCAACCAAAAGUAGAAACCACUUUCUGACAGCUGUUUGACUUAUUUGAAAUGAAGUGUGGUCUGUCUAAGUUGUUUUGGACAGGAAACCAUCUCAGAAUUGGUGCCCUUAUUGAAAGUUUCAGUAAGGAAUCAAUAAUUAAGUUUACAUAGAUAAUCUAGCCUCUUGCUUCUGGAAGUGGUCUCUCCAAACCAAGUUUGAGCUACAUUUUUGGCAAUAGGAUUAGGAAACUAAUUUUGUGCGUGAUUUACCCAAAGAGCAAACCUGUUUCCAGAGCACUUAAUUCACUGCAUGGACCAAAGAACAUGAAAUUCUUUAACCUCUUGCAUGGUACCAAGUAUUUUACAUCAAUGUCUUCACUACAGCAUAUUUGGUCUCAUUGGGUUAUAAAUUAAUUCUUAUCCUCAAGUCUUCUAGCAUGACUAUAACAGUGCUACCAUGUUGGUGAGAUCAUUUAAAUAUACUUCUGGGUUUUUUCGCAUUUGUCGUGAAACCGAAGAGGCAAGACCGAUAAGUAUAGCUGAUUACUAGCCAAUAUGUCUGCUUUUAUUAAUAAAUCAAUAGCUUUUGCCUUGAGCAGCUAUUUAUGCCACUUUACUCCAGCAGGUCAAAUGCACUUUCAUAAGAAUAACAUGUAUAUGAACAAAAUGGACAGAGGGAAAUUAUAUAUCUAAAAUUUAUGAAUGAGUAAAUGUUAAGAAAUUAAGUUUAAACUAACUUGAGCUAACUAACACGUUUAGCAAAAGAUAAGAAGUAUUAACAUACGUUGGCAAUAAAUAGUUAUUUCAAAACUU